GGAAGUUCUCGUUAUUGACAUCGGGAUCGAGUGCAUAUAUCAUCUGACUUCUGUCGUUCUGUCAAAUUAAUAAUAUUUGGAGCUUGAUCUGUCAUGGGCACCCUAAUAGAAUCGUACGAGCAACAAUAUUCAAGCUUAACAGCAGACAUCACUUUUAACAUAGGAAGAAUUUCAAACACACAUGGAGCUGAGCGACAGGUACACAUUAGACAGGCCGAGAAGUUAUUUGAUGAGGUUGCUGAGCUGCUUGAACAAAUGGAGCUCGAGGUGAAAGAUUUACCCCUAAAGGACAGGCAGAAGUACAACACACGAGUCAAAAGUUACAAAGCAGAGCUUUCAAAACUACAGACAGACAAUAAACGAGCCAAACUUGGCAUUGACAGCAGUAGAGAUGAGCUGCUUGGGGAUGAUACUCAUGACUCGGAGGAUCAGCGACAGAGACUCCUGGAUAACACCGAGUUAUUAGACCGCACCUCCAGAAGACUGGAUCAUGGAUACAAAAUCACGCUAGAAACAGAACAAAUAGGUGCACAAAUUAUGGAAGAUCUCCAUAAUCAAAGACAGACUAUUGGCAGAUCACGACAGAGGAUGGAGGAAAUGAACACGAACCUGGGGAAAAGCUCCCGUGUUUUGUCAGGAAUGAUGAAAAGAAUCAUACAAAACAGACUUAUGCUUCUUGUGAUAUGUGCUAUUCUGCUGAUUGUCAUCGUGUUAGCCAUAUAUUUCAUCGUAAAGAAAAAGUCUUGACGACGAAUCCCAGUAGCAGACUUUGGGUGUCAUUAGUGCAAUCUCAUCAGGUGUACCUGUUCAAUCAACGUUUAACGUGUGACGGCAAAGUGUUCACCAAAGAAGAAAAUGGAAAAUUGAUAGCAACCAAGAGGGGAAAUUUGCUUUUAAACCAGGAAGAAAGUGUAUCUAAACAACUUUUAAUUGAUUUUAAAUUUGAUACUUUUACAGUAAUUUUAAACUAAACCUUUAUUUUUUUCCAGAGAAUAGACUGCAAUUGAAAUUGCAUUACACUGUCAGUAGUGAAUGUCUCGUGUGUCCUGUAGGAUGUGAUUACUUUUGUUGUUAAUAUUAUUGUAAUAAAUGACAUUAUCAUCUGA